AUGAAACUUAUAAUAGUACUUUCGUUUUUAUCUUGUUUUCUGUUAAACAAUGCGAAUGGUAGCUUCGUUACUCCAAAAAAGGAUUUAUGGGAAAGGCAUGCCACAUCAGGUUGUGCGUACUAUUUAAAGAAGAAGCUCACAUGGUCAUACUCAGAGGCUGAUGUCAUGUGUAGCUAUCAACCAGCUUUUGGUACCUGGAUCAGUUGCAUAUACGAUACCCUCCAGGACCUGGAUUUCCGUGACAACAAUGUAACAUUUGACAAAACCUUAAUGGAAGUUCGUUCCACUUGUCAACGUCAAGACGAAAAAUUCAAGGAUUUCUCAUUGUCUUCAUAUUACGAGGCAUUGAAUAACGCUACAAAAUAUAUCCAGAACUCGACAGAUGGUCUGAAAGACCUGACCUAUCCAGUUUCAGUGGACAAAUUUUCAAGAUUUGCCUAUAGUAAUGCCUACCACGCUUUUGCACACAAUUUAGACGCAAGCAACCGUUAUGGCGUGCUUCUAUAUGUAUAUUUUGCGAUUGUUUUCGUAAUAGCAGGCCUAUGCAACUUUUUGGACCAUUCUGGUAUCAACGUCAAGAUCUUCAAGCGUCGGUUGAUACAAAAAAUAAGAGGUAAGAUAAUGAUACCGACUCUAUUCGGGUAUCAUGCAGACUAUGUGGGAUUCAAUAAGGUGGUUAUCGGCUUAGUUCCCUCAAGACUAGAAUCUACGAUAUUAUUCGGCUAUUCUUUAUUGCAUUUGAUAUUUCUGUCAAAAAAUUAUGUCACAGAUAAUCAUAAUAUAUUUUACAAGACAAAGCUGAUACAGUAUCUUAAACUUAUUGCUGAUAGAGCAGGAAUUCUGGCAUUUGCUCACUUUCCAUUAAUAGUAUUGUUCAGUACAAGAAACAAUCUCAUAGAAUUGCUCACGGAUUUCAAGUAUACAACAUUUGUUGCAUUCCAUAAAUGGAUUGGCAGGACAAUGGUCAUUGAUGCUAUGGUGCAUUCUUUAUGUUAUUUGCUUCAGGUAAUUUUAACAAAUGCAUUGGGAUAUGCUAUUCGCGCACGGUUUUUCCAGUUUGGAAUCUUUGCUACAUGCGUGGCGACUUGCAUUGUGAUUUUCUCAUUUGGCUACUUCCGUCUCUAUUAUUACGAAACCUUUUUAUAUGGUCACAUUAUAUUGGCUAUUUUAUUUUUUUAUAGUUGUUGGAAACACGUUGAAAGGUUUGGCUGGAAAGAAUGGGUAAUUUCCUCAAUAUUCUUAUGGAUUGCUGAGCGCCUACUACGAAUAUUUAGGUUAGUUAUAUUUGGUUUCCCAAAGGCAAAAUUGAAAUUGAUAGAUAUAGAUUUAGUGAAGGUGACUAUAAAAAAACAUGAUAUAAGAUAUUGGUCAAUGCGACCGGGGCAAUAUGCCUUUGCAUACUUUAUGAGCCCUGUAAUCUUUUGGCAGUCACAUCCAUUCACCGUUUUGGAUGAUGGCAACGAAUUGAUUAUAGUAUUAAGGGUGAAAAAAGGUGCAACUAGUCAUCUUUUCAAAAAACUCAUAGCCAAUAAUGGGGCAAUAGAAAUGAGAGUCUCAUUGGAAGGACCUUAUGGUUCAUCAGCACCAGUAUACCAUUCAGAUGACAUCCUUUUACUGGCAGGAGGCAGUGGUGUUCCAGGCCCAUUGGCACACUUGAUCAAUUUGGUCAAUGAAAACAAAUUAGAUUUAGUACAAUCCAAGAAAAGUAUCAAAUUCGUUAUUGCUACAAGGGGUAAAAAGAUUCUUCAAGCAUAUCAGAACGAGAUUAUGAAACUCAAAGAUGUAGGUUUAGACAUCGAACUUUACGUCACGAAUGCCCCAAUAUCAGUAGAUGAAAAUGAUAGUAUCAAUCCUGUAGAUUUCCACGACACUGUCAGCACGUGCAUACCUCUUCUUGAAGAAUCAGAUAUUCUGGAGAAGUUCAAACAAUUUAUGACCAUUAAGAGAGGAAGACCCGAUAUUGAGGCUAUACUAGAGAAAUCAAUCCGCCAAGGAAAAUCAUUAUCUGUACUUUGUUGUGGGGCUCCCCUAUUUGUAGAUGUAACUAGAGAUAUGACAGCUAUGAAAAUUUUACAGCAUCCAGACAGCGCAAUUAGUUACUAUGAAGAAUUUCAAUGCUGGUGA